GGUGUGUCACUCCUGGCUCUCUUGCUAGCUUGCCUGCUUAGCUUCCUUCCUUUUUUCUCUGCAUCCCGCGUGUGCACACACCCCCUUCGCUUUUCCCCUUUUCUUCCCUACUCGCCUCGGCCAGGCUGUUUCUCCACCGACCAGAGAGAAGGUAGGAGGGGUUGUGGGCUUGCUUUUUGUGCCACACUGACUCGGGCACUUCGGUAGAUCAGUGCCUUUUUACUUCCAAGGGAAACUGAUUCAUAGGGAACAUUUCCUGUGUUCUGUGGGACUGAAAUAUAUAUAUUUUUCCCCCAACACAUUAGAAGAAAUAAGGAAAUACACAAGACUGUAGGACUUUGUUAAAACAUUUUAAGUCUUAAUACUUGGCAGCCGGUCCUGCUAUUGUAUAACCAGAAGUGACUGCAUUCAGUUUCCUCUGCAUUAAACAAAAUAAGUUAAUUAGGCCUUAAAAGAAAACCCAAGAAGUCAAAAUGGUUGCUGGCAUGGUAAUGCCCCUGGCAGAUCUGAGGGCCAUUUAUGAGCUCCUCUUUCGGGAUGGCGUCAUGGUGACCAAGAAGGACAGGCGUCCCCAGUGCAUGCACCCUGAGAUCCAGGGGGUUGCUAACCUGAAGGUGAUAAGGGCCAUGGGCUCCCUCAAAUCCAAAGGCUUUGUGCGGGAGACCUUUGCAUGGAAGCAUUCCUACUGGUACCUCACCAACGAGGGUAUUGUGUACCUGCGGGACUACUUGCGUCUGCCACCUGAGAUCGUGCCCUGCUCCCUGCAGCGCGUGCGUCGCCCCGCGUCCACCCUGAACAUGAUGCGUCGGGCCAGCCGUGGAGUGGUCCAGACCGUAGAGGGCCCCCCCUUCUACGCCCCCAAACCCAGGGUCGGACAGGAGAGCCAGCAGGGCAUGAUAGACCGCCAGGGCUACCGCCACAAGAGGGGACUCCCCGGCGAGGAGGAGGCUUCGGGUGUGAGGCUCGCAAUGAGGUUUAGGGGCUCCUACCAGGGCCACGGACGCGGAGCUGUAGGGGAGCCUGGAGCUGAGACCCAGACUUUCUUCAGAAGAGGCCAAGGUUUCCACAGAGAGCAACAGCGUGUGCCAGAAGAGUGCCAGAGGAGAGGCUUUGCUCCACGUGGCCCUGCUUAUCCUCCUCCUCUGGAGGCUAGGCCUGUCAGAUCCCCUUCCCCAGCUGGAGAUGUCAAACCAUUUGUGCCUGAAGUUCCUGCCCCUGCUCCUAUUAAGCAAGAGAAGACCAAGGAAGUUGCUGUGCUCGUGCCUUUUGCAGAGAUCAUUGAACCAGUAUUCAUCCCUGCAGUGGAACCAGAGGCCCCAGCCCUAGAAUUGGAGAAAGUCGUGGAGGAGGUGACAGUUGAGGAAGUGUCAUUUGAGGCCCCCAUGCCUGUUGAAGAGGCUGAGCCACAAAAGGAAGAGAUCACCGCUGUGGAAGCGGCAGAGGUGCUCUCAGAUGUGUGGGAUCAGGAGGAGCCAAAGCCAGUUGUGGAGGAGAUAGAAGAAGCAGCUGAAAAGGCCCCAGAGCCUGAGGUGGGUGAGGCCAUUAAGGAGGAGGUCCUCAAGGCCACCGCACCUGUUGAAGAGUUUGAAGAAGAGCCCAAACAAUCCACUGAAGGGUCUGCUGAAGAGUCCAUCCAAGAGUCCACUGAAGAGGUGGAAGAUGUUGUUGAGAAAGUGACUGCCACGGAGAUGGUGGUUGUUGAAGAAGCCGCUGCCAUUCAGGCGGUGGUUGUCAGGGAUGCCCCUGAAGUUCCUCCCGAAGACCUCCCACAUGAUACUGAUAUUGAGAUACUCGAAGAGCACAAAGAAGUUGAGGAGGAACCAUCCACUCAUGAGGAGCCUGAGGCCUCUUUGUCUGAGGCUUCUUCUGAUUCUGAGGCCUCUGAGCCUGAACCAAUCACAGCUGCAGUUGCUACUGAAGCCGAGAGUGAACCAGUUACAAUCACAGAAAUCGUUGAAGCUGAGAGUGAGCCAGCUACAACCACAGAAAACAUUGAAGCUGAGAGUGAGCCAGCUACAACCACAGAAAACAUUGAAGCUGAGAGUGAGCCAGCUACAACCACAGAAAACAUUGAAGCUGAGAGUGAGCCAGCUACAACCACAGAAAACAUUGAAGCUGAGAGUGAGCCAGCUACAACCACAGAAAACAUUGAAGCUGAGAGUGAGCCAUCUACAACAACAGAAGGCGCCGUAGAGGCCAAAAGUAAACCAGUUACAAUUACAGAAGCCAUACCGGAGGUUAAGGCCUCCGUCCCAUUGACCAAAGCUGAUUCCACUGAGCCAGACUCUGACACUGACCUUCCCACCCCUCUACGCCCAGUCACAGAGGACUUCACAGACCUCACAGAGUACCAUCAGCAGACAGUGCUAGAGCACAUCACUCAAGAAAUACCCGCUGGUAUGGCAGCCUUCAGAUCUGAGAUGCCACUUGAGGUAACCUCCCAGGUAGUAAGCUCCACAGUGUAUUCCACAGUGUUUGAGAACCAAAUCUCCCAGUCUGAGGCCUUCAUGGAAGCCCCCUCCAUUGGAAUGGCAGGCACUGUCUCACAGCUUGGACUUGAGCAAGAGGCUAGUCCUCUCUUUGGGGCUGAGUGUACUGCCCCUGUCAUCCCCUCUGAGUGUCCCAUCGCCCCCUCUGAGUGCCCCGUUGCCGCUCUGAAAAGUUCCCUUCCCCAGGAUGACUGGGCCUUUCUCACAGAGGAACCUGAUGAGGAGGAGGAGGUGAAGAAGAUCUGGACUGAUGCUCUACAAGGACAAUGACCCAACACAUCUCCAGACUGUGUAAGGGCUAUUUGACCAAUAAGGAGAGUGAUGGAGUGCUGUUUCAGAUGACCUGGCCUCCACAAUCACCCGAUCUCAACCAAAUUGAGAUGGUUUGGGAUGAGCCGGGCCACAGAGUGAAGGAAAAGCAGCCAACAAGUUCUCAGCAUAUGUGGGAACUCCUUCAAUACUGUUGUAAAAGCAUUCCAGGUGAAGCACAUUGAGAGAAUGCCAAGUUGUCAUUGGGGCAAAGGGUGGCUAUUUGAAGUAUCUCAAAUAUAAAAUAUAUUUAGAUUUUUGUUUAACACUUUUUUGGUUACUACAUGAUUCCAUAUGUGUUAUUUCAUAGUGUUGAUGUCUUCACUAUUAUUCUACAAUGUAGUAAAUAGUCAAAAUAAAGGAAAACCCUUGAAUGAGCAGGUGUUCUAAAACCUUUAACCGGUAGUGUAUAUGUUGCAUUUAAUUUUUCAAUGUUAUAUGCCUGACCUGUUGCAUGAUUUGAAUCAUCUUUUGUGUAUUUGUUUUCACUGUGUGAAAUGAUGUGCCAUUGUACAGAGGACUGCCAAAAUGCUGGAGAAAUACAUAUUUAAAACACACAAGGAUAAAACCACACACCACAACAUUCACUCCUAGUUGAAAAGAUCCACUGAAGACACCACUGAUUAUUAGACACUAUUAUCAGACUAGUAGGUAAAAACCACACAGUCUAUGAAGGGUUUGCACGGAGCUCAGUAUCCUUACAUUAGAUAAUUAGCCAGUGUGGCUUUGGUGCUGUUUUUGUUGCCAGCUGUGUUCAAAAAAGGAUUGGAGCAGUGUGCUGAGGGCUGACCCUGUACUGUACUGUGCGUGCCUAUGCCCCUCUGUGCGUGCCUAUGCCCCUAUGUACUUGUCCUCUUGCUCAGUUGUGCACCGGGGCCUCCCACUCCUCUUUCUAUUCUGGUUAGAGGCAGUUUGUGCUGUUCUGUGAAGAAAGUAGCACACAGCAUUGUAUGAGACCUUCAGUUUCUUGGCAAUUUCUCGCAAUGAAUAUUCUUCAUUUCUCAGAACAAGAAUAGACUGACAAGUUUCAGAAGAAAUGUCAUUGUUUCUGGCUAUUUUAAGCCUAUAAUCGAACCCACAAAUGCUGAUGCCCCAGAUACUCAAGUUGUCUAAAGAAGGACAGUUUUAUUGCUUCUUUAAUUAGGACAACAGUUUUCAGCUGUGCUAACAUAAUUGCAAAAGGGUUUUCUAAUAGUCAAUUAGCCCUUAGCUAACACAAUGUGCCAUUGGGACACAGGCGUGAUGGUUGCUGAUAAUGGGCCUCUGUAAGCCUAUGUAGAUAUUCCAUAGAAAUCAGCCAUUUCCAGCUACAAUAGUAAUUUACAACAUUAACAAUGUCUGCACUGUGUUUCUGAUCAAUUUGACAUUUUAAUGGAGAUCUUUUUAAAUGUUCUUUCAUGAGCAAGGACAUUUCUAAGUGACCCCAAACUUUUUACGGACACAAUGUAUUUUUCAAUACUUUUCUUUCCUCCCAUCUAUUUCUGAAGAGCAUCCCGUUUUGAUUUCUAUUUACCGAUAUAUUUUUAACUGUGCUGUUUCAUAACAUUUCUGAACCUUUAUAAUCUCAUAGUUUCUACAGAUUGUAAAUUAAAGAUACAUGUUUUUUGCUAAAAGUGUUAUAUUUUUGAUUUGACUAUGACUUUUCAAUCCAGCAGUACUAUUUGCAGUGCUAUUUAACGUGAAAUGCUUACUUUACAAGCCCUUUCCCAAUAAUUCAGAGUUAAAAAGUACGGAAAAUGUGCAAAUAAGGGAAAAAAGGAUAUAGUAGCGCAAUAAAAUAAUAAUAACGCGGCUAUAUACAAGAAAUACCGGUACCGAGCCAAUGUGCAAGGGUACGAGGUAGUUGGGGUAAUUGAGGUAAUAUGUACAUGUAGGUAGGGGUAAAGUGACUAGUCAAUCAGGAUAGAUAAUAAACAGAGUAGCAGCAGUGUUGGUAGUUGAGGUAAUAUGUACAUGUAGGUGGGGGUAAAGUGACUAGGCAACCAGUAUAGAUAAUAAACAGAGUAACAGCAGUGUUGGUAGUAGGGUAGGUAAUAUGUACAUGUAGGUAGGGGUAAAGUGACUAGGCAACCAGUAUAGAUAAUAAACAGAGUAACAUCAGUGUUGGUAGUAGGGUAGGUAAUAUGUACAUGUAGGUGGGAGUAAAGUGACUUGUCAAUCAGGAUAGAUAAUAAACAGAGUAGCAGCAGUGUUGGUAGUUGAGGUAAUAUGUACAUGUAGGUGGGGGUAAAGUGACUAGGCAACCAGGAUCGAUAAUAAACAGAGUAGCAGCAGCGUAUGUGAAGAGUGUGAAAGUGUGUCUUUGUGUGAGUCCAGUGAGUGUGCAUAAAGCCAGUGCAAAAAAAAAAAAAAAGUGAUCAAUGCAAAUUGUCCAGGUAUCCAUUUGCUGAACUUUUCAGCAGUCUUAUGGAUUGGGGGUAGAAGCUGUUCGGGAGCUAAGAUGCUAAGCAGUUUCCAUACCAAGCGAUGAUAAAGCCAGUCAAGAUGCUCUCAAUGGUGCAGCAGUCAAACUUUUUGAGGAUCUGAGAGCCCAUGCCGAAACCUUUCAGCUUCCUUGAGGGGGAAAGAGGCGUUGUCGUGCCCUCUUCACGACUGUGUUGGUGUGUUUGGACCAUGAUAGGUCCUUAGUGACGUGGACACCGAUGAAGUUGAAGCUCUCAACCCACCCCACUACAGCCCCAUCGAUGUGGGCGUGCUCGGACCUCCGUUUCCUGUAGUCCACGAUCAGCUCCAUUGUCUAGUUGACAUUGAGAGAGAGGUUGUUGUCCUGGCACCAUCGCCGGUGAUCAGGCCUGCCACCAUCGUGUCAUCGGCAAACUUAAUUAUGUUGUUUGAGACAUGCGCGGCCACGCAGUCAUGGGUGAUCAGGGAGUGCAGGAAGGGAAUAAGCACACUCCCCUGGGGGGCCCCCGUGUUGAGGGUCAGCGUGGCAGAUGUGUUGUUAACUACCCUCACCACCUGGGGGCGGGCCAUCAGGAAGUCUAGGAUCCAGUUGCAGAGGGAGGUGUUUAGUCCCAGGGUCCUGAGCUUAGUGAUGAGCUUGUAGGGCACUAUGGUGUUGAACGCUGAGCUGUUGUCAAUGAACAGCAUUCUCACGUAGGUGUUCCUUUUGUCCAGGUGGAAAAGGGCAAUGUGCAAUAGAAAUUGCAUCAUCUGUGGAUCUUUUUGGGCAGUAUGCACAUAGGAGUGGGUCCAGGGUGUCUGGGAUGAUGGUGUUGAGCAAUGUUUCCUCUGAGCGGCACGCGUGAGGCAGAAUAAAUAUGAGCCUGCGCAGAGAAUCACAAGAUUAAAGCUAUACAAUUGCAUUGUGUAAUUGAACACCUUUUUUUCUUUUAUGAUUAAGGCAAAUGCAGAGCUGGAGAAUUGUCACUUCUAACUUGAUCACCUACGUUGUUUGCUUUAUUGCCAGAAAAUAAACGAGGCACUCACCUGAACCCGAUGAUCCUGUGUGUGAAUCCUGCAAGUAGUGACAAUUAUAAUGUUACAAUGCAUUUAUAACGACAAUUAAUGCAUUGUUGUUCAAAUGUAGUUCAGAAGAUAGAUGCCUCAAAAAAAGGCAAUUGCGUGGGGCAACUGCAUCAAUAUGCAUCCACACACGACACGUCCACGCUCACACCCAGCGUCCACGAGCUGUAAAACUCGCUGGACUUGCUGCUGCCAUCUGCUGGGUAACAGCUCUA